AUGGAAGCUACACUAAGCUACCAAAAGGAAAAAGAAGAAGCUGCAUGCUUCAAGGCCAUCAAGUUAAUGAUGGCAAGAAAAAGAAAACCAAAAGAUGCUGAUGAUGGAAUGAGCGGCGAAACCGUGCCGGUAGAGGAAGCAGAAGCGAUGGAUUCGUCCGCCGCAGAUGCAGACAUAGAUGCAGAAGCAGCAGUGAGGAUUGUUGACGGGAUAGGGUCCUUUGGCACAAUUGAAUUUUCUUCCCUGACAGCCAAAGACGUGCUGACGACCGAGUUCACAAGCCUACAGGCAGCUUAUGACUACUACAACAAAUUCGGUCGCAUGAAGGGAUUCUCGGUCAGGAAGUCCAAGGUGGGUCGCAGAACAAAGCAGUGGGCGGAGGGCGAAAUAAUUUGGCAGGUAUUCGUGUGCUCCAGGGAAGGAGAGCGCGGCGGGAAACACAUGCAUCGGGAAGAUAGGAAGAAGGAUCCUCGACCGAUCACGCGGUGCAGGUGUGAAGCCUGGAUUAAGGUACACGCUGAUGAUGCCAGCGGGCGAUGGUUUGUUGAACAAUUCUGCGAUAACCACAAUCAUCACAUGCUGGAUGCGAGGUUUAGGGGUCUAUCGCGGUCACACAGAGCAGUCAAGGAAGGGGAUUUUCACCAAAUCAAUUCCAUGAGGAAAUCUGGGUUGCGGGUGCCGACGAUUUUCCGCGCAUGUGCCAAUCAGUCAGGAGGAUUCGAGACUAGGUACUUGCUGGAUGUUGACAAGAGGCUGGAAAAUCUCUUCUGGUGCGAUGGUACAAGUCGUUAUGACUACAGCGUCUUCAGUGAUGUCAUGGGUUUUGAUGAAACUUACGGUCAUAACAAAUACAAAUGCCCUUUGGUAAUAUUCUCAGGGGUGGACCAUCAUAUGCGAACGGUGGUGUUCGGCUGCGCCAUCUUGAGUAAUGAGAGCGAAGCAAGCUAUAUGUGGUUGCUGCGGUCAUUCCUUGAGGCAAUGAAGGAAAAACAGCCGAAGUCUGUCAUCACGGACGGUGACCUCGCCAUGAAGAGUGCGGUUAGCACAGUUUUUUCCGGUGCACAUCACAGGUUGUGUAGCUGGCAUCUGUUAAGGAACGCCACUGUUAGAGUUGGACGGCCGGGUUUUCUUAGGAAAUUCCGUUUAUGCCUCAUGGGAGAUCUAGAGGUUGACGAAUUUGAGACAAUAUGGACGGAUAGCGUGGCGGACCACGGGUUGGAGGAUCCGUGGAUAGUGGAUAUGUAUGCCAAGAAGCAUUCCUGGUCCAAUGCCCAUAUCCGGGGGAAAUUCUUUGCAGGAUUGAAGACGACAUCCAGGUGCGAGGCUUUGAAUAUGUAG